CAGAUUUUAAUUCUUGUUUAUCAAAUAUUGUAGUAAACUGAUCCUGAGAUACCUCACCCUCUCCCUUUUCUAGUGAGCAGGGAUCUGGUGCCAUUCAUGGUAAUAGAUGGGAUCCCAUCCAUUACUAAACCUCAUCAGAGAAAAUCUGAUAUAUCAUUCCUAAUUUAAACUUUUUUUCUUUUAUCCUCCAGCUUCCCCCUUCAGUAAGCAAACAGAGAAUUCAGAAAAAAGAGAUGGAGAAGAAACAGAAAGAAAGAAUGAUAAAGGUCCUCCUUCUCGUCUACCAAAUAAAGAAGACUUGUGCAUCUUCUUAGCACUCCAUAUGGAAAAUUCACCAAACUGUCAAGAGCCAGCAUGUAAAUAUGUUGGUAACAAACAAAAAAACCCAAAUAUCUUAAAAUUUUUCAAAACUGGAAUUGUCAUCUGUGAAGCUAAUAAACCGAAAAGGAUUAUCACAAUGGACUGCUCCACUAAGGAUCUUCAUGCUGUGCCAAAAGCAUUGUUAAGAUUUCCAAAUGCACUGAGAGGCUGUGAAGUUUACCUGUCUCGAAUGCCUUGCAUCAGUUGUGCAAAACUUUUGAUUCAAGCUCAAGUUUCUCAAGUGUAUUACUGGCCUAAUCUUGAAAUACAAACAACAGAAGUUAAUCUGAACAAAAUUGAAAUGGAAGCUGAACAUGUUGAUAACAUCUUUAGGGAAAGCUAUAUCACUGCAGCAGUCUACGUACCAAUAUUAGAUGUUGAAAUGGUGAAGCGAAGGAUUUUUCCACGAACAGGAUCACCUCCAGUUGAUAAGAACACCACUCCAAUUACCUCUGUAUAUGAUCAUAAACGAUCACGUAAACUUUUAGAAAUACUUAACCUGACGCACAUUAAAAAAGAUAAAUCAUUCCAACGAUCAUAUGAAGAUGAUAUUGAUAAAGCAAUUGAUUCUUUUCAGACACUGGCAGGUGGCAUUGAUACCGAAAUAAAGGAAAAUAAUUUUCAAGAGGAUAAACAUGCCGUUGAAAAACAGCCCAAGUAUACUCAUGCAUUGCAGCUCUGUAACUUACUAGCAGCCAGAAAUGACAGUCCUAAUAUUGGAGUGGGGACACUGAUCUACAGGAAAGAAGACAUUGUCGCUGUUGGCUACAAUGGAUUUCCAAAAGGGACAGCGAAUAGUCUGUUUGCACAGAAGGAUGAUGGUAGUUGUGACCAGCAUGCAAUCAUCUGUGCAGAAGCUAAUGCAAUUAUUCUAAGGACUAAGGAUAAUCUGAGUGGCACUGAAUUAAUCACCACAUGUGAGCCCUGUAGUGUCUGUGAAAACCUAAUUAAAGCAAUGAAGAUAGAGAAAAUCAUUUGGCCUAAUCGAGAUGGAAAAAAGCAACCAGAAGGUGCAACUAAAGAGCCAACAGAAGAAGAAAAUAAUCCAAGCACUGAAUCCUUUCAGGUAAAAAGCAGCAUCAAAAAACAUUGUGGUGAAAAGUUGUUAGCACUCCAAGCUGAUCGAGAGAAAUGUAAUAGAAAGGUCUCAGGAGAGAAGGAAGGAAAGACAAUGGAAAUACAGUCACCAGCAGAUGAGGGACAUGCUUCUGGUCAGCAGGCCAUUUUAAAUUCAUCAGAAGCGUCUGCAUCCCACAGAGAUGGCAUAGUGAAAGAAGACAGUGAAAAAACAAAUCCUUUAUUGACCGAGACUGAAUCCUUGGACAAGCCAAAAGAGUCACAUAAUGCAGAGGGGCCCUCUGUGAAUGCUGCAGAAGAUGAACCAGCAUAAACAUCAGAACAAUCAGAAGAGUUUUAGGGACAUGGCAACCCCCCAAAAACUCAGAUAGUUCAGUAUCAGGUUAUUAAUCUUGAGAUGCCAGGCACUAUAUGAUGUUAUAAACUUAAAAUAAUAAUGCAUUUUAAUCGUAUAGGUACCUCUUUCCAUAAGUUUCUAGGCAUCUUAGCAAAAAUAACUGAAAACAUAUUAUAUGACAGUUCCACACAAACAGCCCUAGUAGAGCUCCCAAAUCUGGUUGGGCAUGUCCCAGGGAUCCAGUGAGAUGGGCCCUGUGUGCUCUUUAAGUCUCCUGAACAGAGUCCAGACCUUACCCCUGUGACAGUGGAAAGCCAACAGACACACAGACUAACUUUGCACAGCAUUCUAAAACACAAUUACUCUUUACUUAGCAACACAAAAGAUACACAGACAACAGAAUAAGCACACCUCCGUUUCCUAACCAUUCUGGAGAGUUCUUUGGACUUGGGCUUCCUCUGGGCUGUCCAGGAUCCUUCUUCUGCAGCUCAUGGUUUCUUUUUAGAAUCACUGAGUACUUCUAAGUUAGUUAGGUUUCUUUGAACUUGGCUAGCCCUGGACCCCCUACUAAGAACGCAUGCACUUCUCUUCCUUUCUUCUGCCCAAAGCUUCCUGUGUCUUGAUCUGUGAGUCUUCCCUCAAAUUUUUAUGGCCACUACCAACAUCUGGUUUCUUUGUUCUCCUGCUGGGUAUUUUCUGAUUCCCCUUCCUGCAGAGAAACUUGGUUGAACUGAUUUCCCUACUUGGGCAAUCUCCUUAGCAGACCCUUUGGUCAGAGAACAAUCAUUAAGGUUCACAACUCCCUGGUCAGGUGGAAUCUACAUCCUUAUAGAGGCAUUUCCUGAUACAACAAUUUCAUAAUUUCAUAACAUCAAACAGAAUUAAUAAGUUGUACCUAGAGUCCCCAAAUAAUCAGAGUGACACACAAUGUGGAAAUGUUUGGACAUAUGCAGGAAAAUUACUUUUAUUAUUAUAAUAAUAUCUAGAGGCCCCAGCUGCGAUUGUGGGGGCCCAUUGUGCCAAGUGCUGUGCAAACACAUACUAUAAGACAAUCCCUGUCACCAAAGAGUUCACAGCCUGAGACCCUGGACCUGCGAACACUUGCAAACGUGUCAUUUAAAAAUCAGACCAACACAGUUUGUGAGAAAGUUGCAUUAUGCCCAUUUUAACUGAGCCACAUAGAGACUAAGUGACUUUCACUGGAAAUCUGUAAGGCUGUCAGGAAUUGAGCCCACACCAGAGUCUGAACAAUAAACCAUCCUUCCUGGUGAAAAUAACUGGAAACUUGUGCUGGCAAUAUCUUCAAAGACGGUCUAUCAAAGUAUGCUAGAUUCUUAAAGAAACUCCCUCUUCAGGUAGCAUAUAUAUAAACAAUUAUACACUAAUAGAAUUUUGAAGUAAUUGCCCCAUUUCAGAGAGAGUGUGUGUGUGUGUGUGUGGUAUGUAUAUAUAAUCUACCUCUACCUCGAUAUAACGCUGUCCUCGGGAGCCAAAAAAAUCUUACUGCAUUAUAGGUGAAACCGCGUUAUAUCAAACUU